UUAGCUCUGAUGAAAGCAUUAUAAAAUACAUAACGCUAUAGUCUGAACUGGUGAGACUGUUUAGUGACGGCUCUAACGGUUCGCAGUCGUGCGAUAUUAGCGAAAUGCUGGCUAGCUAGUCAAGGAUGUCUACACUCUUUCCGUCCUUGUUCCCUCGCAUGACCGACUCUUUGUGGUUUAACCUGGACCGACCAUGUGUGGAUGAAACUGAACUCCAGCAGCAAGAGCAGCAGCAUCAAACCUGGCUCCAGAGUAUUGCAGAAAAGGAUAACAACUUGAUGCCCAUUGGGAAGCCUGUCUUUGAGACAUUUGAGGAGGAGGAGGAGGAGGAUGAUGAAGACGAAGAAGACAGCGAGGAAGACUCGGAGGAUGAUGAAGACAUGCAGGACAUGGAUGAGAUGAAUGACUACAACGAGUCUCCAGAUGACGGGGAAAUCAAUGAGGUUGAUAUGGAAGGGGCUGACCAGGAUCAGGACCAGUGGAUGAUAUAGAGUAGUUCUGUCAUUCUCUCAAGUGUUUUUUAAGCUGGGAGCCUGACCCACUGCAUUUACUUGAAUGUUUUCAAUGGCCUUUGCUAGGAUACUGUGCUUUUCCACUGUCCAAAGUACAUGUUUACCAGGUUAUAAUGCUAAGUGGGAUACUGCACGACUGCAGCACUUAUCUCUGCUGUAACUACAGCAUUAAAGACAGAUUAUUGUGCACUGAGGUUAUGUCUGCAGUAGCAGACUGAAAAAUGAACUCUGUCCUUUUACUGUUAUACCACUCGUUGAUAUUGUAAUUGAAGAUGAACUUUGAACCAGGUCAUACCUUUUUUUCAAGAAAAUCCGGAUGUCCUUGUGCCCUCUUAAGGAAAAUGUUAAACUAUUUGUGACGAGCAAAAGUCAGCUGAUACACUAGCCACGUUACACUUGUAUCAUGUAAAAACUGGGCACCUUGGUGCUAUGUAAAUAUCAAUUUGUUCUUAUCAAGAACAGCGGAAAAUGAACAUUUUAUUAAAUAUGGUAGUGUCAAAUAAACCAAAAUGUACUUCAUCCAGUUGUCUUUAAUGACAGUUUAAAGUAUUUAUCCAUCACAGAGCAUAUUUAACACGUUUUAGUUUUACAGUGCCCUAUGAACGUUAAUAAAGGAAUCUGUAAAAUUUU